CUUGGAGCUUUCGGUUGCCAGUCUCAAAUAUGGCGGCGUCCGUUGGCGCCGUUGGGCGGUCCGCGCAAAUUGGUUGUUUCUAAAAACAAAAAAAAAGCUCAAAAGGAAUCGGAGAGUGAGGGCGGUCGUUGUCACUGGGGUCUUUAGCGAGGAGAUGAUCCACGAGUUGCUGCUGGCAUUGAGCGGGUACCCGGGCAGUAUCUUCAGCUGGAACAAGCGCAGCGGCCUACAGGUAUCUCAGGAUCUGCCUUUCCUUCACCCCAGUGAAACCAGCAUUUUAAAUCGUCUGUGUAAGUUAGGCACCGACUAUAUACGCUUCACAGAGUUUAUUGAACAAUACACUGGACAUGUACAGCAGCAGGAGUGCCACCCAUCCCAGCAAGGCCAGGCUGGAUUGCACGGGAUUUAUCUUCGUGCCUUUUGUACCGGGCUAGACUCCAUGCUGCAGCCCUACAGACAGGCUUUACUUGAUCUUGAGCACGAGUUCUUGGCAGACCCACAUCUCUCCAUCUCUCAUGUAAACUACUCUUUGGAUCAAUUUCAGCUGCUGUUCCCAUCUGUUAUGGUGGUAGUCGAACAAAUUAAAUCUCAAAAGAUUCAUGGCUGUCAACUGCUGGAGACCGUUCACCAACACAGCUGUGGAGGGCUUCCACCAGUCCGCAGUGCACUGGAGAAGAUCCUAGCGGUGUGCCACGGUGUGAUGUACAAGCAGUUAUCUGCAUGGAUGCUGCACGGGCUGUUGUUGGACAAGUAUGAAGAGUUUUUUAUCAAGCAAGGGCCUUCCUCUGGCAGUGUUAGCUCCCAGCCCGAGGAGGAAGAUGAAGAAGAUCUGGGAAUCCGAGGCUUGACUGGGAAGCAGCUCCGGGAGCUUCAAGACCUGCGGUUAAUCGAAGAGGAGAACAUGUUAGCUACAUCUCUGAAGCAAUUUUCACUGCGAGCUGAGAUGCUGCCCUCUUACAUUCCUGUGAGGGUGGCAGAGAAGAUCCUCUUUGUGGGAGAGUCAGUGCAGAUGUUUGAGAACCAGAAUGUGAAUCACACCCGUGCAGGGUCCAUUUUAAAGAAUCAGGAGGAUGCUUUUGCAGCAGAGCUGCAUACACUGAAACAACAGCCCCUUUUCAAUCUCGUGGAUUUUGAAAAUCUGAUUGACAGGAUCAGAAGUACAGUGGCUGAGCAUCUAUGGAAGUUGAUGGUGGAAGAGGCAGGACUGUUGGGACAACUUAAGAUAAUCAAAGAUUUCUAUCUGCUGGGUCGAGGGGAACUCUUUCAGGCUUUCAUCGACAGUGCCCAGCAUUUACUGAAGACCCCACCAACUGCUGUCACUGAACAUGAUGUCAAUGUAGCAUUCCAGAAGUCAGCACACAAAGUGUUGUUGGAUGACGACAACCUACUCCCACUCCUGCACCUCACUGUCGAGUACCACGGCAAAGACCCAAAAGAUACUGCACAAAGCCGUGAUAACUCCCUGCGUGAAUCUUCCCCUCGUGAAGCCCCUGCUUCUGGCUGGUCUGCUCUGGGACUCUCGUACAAAGUGCAGUGGCCUUUGCAUAUCCUGUUUACACCAGCUGUACUAGAAAAGUACAACAUUGUCUUCAAGUACCUGCUGAGUGUGAGGCGAGUUCAGGCAGAGCUGCAGCAUUGCUGGGCUGUGCAGAUGCAACGGAAACACCUCACUUCAAACAAGUCGGACGCCACCAAAUGGAGACUGAGGAACCACAUGGCUUUCCUUGUGGAUAACCUGCAGUAUUACCUCCAGGGCAUGCAGCGCUCCUCAUUGUGUUACAGCACGCCAAGUAGCUCUUCCCCGCAGGUAGCAACGGCACGAGCUGCAGAGCGGUGCGGACGGAGUCAGUGCUUCCCACAGGUAGAUGUUCUCGAGUCCCAGUUUUCACAGCUCCUCCAGGAGAUAAACUCUAUCCGAGAUUUCGAGAGCAUUCGGUUGGCCCAUGAUCGCUUCUUGAGUAAUCUGCUGGCUCAGUCCUUCAUCCUCCUUAAACCGGUGUUCCAUUGUCUGAAUGAGAUUCUCGAUUUAUGCCAUAACUUCUGUUCUCUGGUCAGUCAGAAUCCAGGGCCGUUGGACGAACGUGGUAGCUCACAGUUGGAACUUCUUGUGACGGGUUUUAGUCGUCAAUCGUCCCUGCUUUUCAAGAUCCUCUCCAGUGUUCGCAAUCACCAGAUUAACGCUGACCUGGCUCAGCUUCUGCUACGACUUGAUUACAACAAGUAUUACACCCAUGCUGGGGGCACACUGGGCAGUUUUGCCAUUUGAUCUCUGAGCAAGAUGGACUCCUGGCCCAGCCGGGUUCUGACCUUCACCAGCAUCUGACCUUCCCUGUCUGUCUGCGGAGUGAGCUUGUGUCUGAACCUCCUAACUCGAAGACUGGCUGCAGCUCAUCCCCUCACAGAAAUCAACCAACUGCUCGAAACCUUCACGAAUGGAGACUUUGUGGGCUUACACUUUAAACCUGUAGCCAUUUUAUACAAACUUGUCAGCCAGGGUUUGUGAGCUUUUUUCUUUACUGACAUUUUACCUAAUUUCUCUCAAAUCUCUCUCUCUGUCUUUAUCUUAGUCUCCCUUGAAUGCUAUCACUAUCUCUAUGUCUGUCUCUUGUCUCUCUUUAUCUUUCUCUGACUCUCACGUUCUCUCUGUCUCUCUCUUUCUCUGUCCCACUCUCUCUCUUCCUCUGACUCUAACUAUCUCAGUUUAUGUGUGUGUGUGUGUAGCUCGCUUAAGUUAUUUCAACUUGCCAUACCAUUUUAUCUGAAACUUUAUAAAAUCCUCAUACACUCUGAUGUUUUGUUCCCAUUAUCCCCAUUCUCCUCUCUCUGACAGUUUGUCUUAGAGAGAGUUGGGGUUGAGAUGUGAAUGUGUUACAAGACCUGGUCUCAGAUCCACUUUCCCUGGUACCAUAAGCUCACUUUAGAAUUACUCAUGACGAAAUUCUCAGUAGUGUGAUGAGCCUUUCAAGAUUUCUGGACCGUUAUCGUAAAACACUGAUUGGACUGAUCAAAAGCCAUGAACAAUUGAGAGUCCCUGCACUGUCUGCCUGUUUCUGGGAGAUAUUUGGAAUAGUACAGGUUACAGUUGCCUACAGGAGUGCACUAUCAAUGAAACAUCAGUGUCCUCCUGCUUCAACUAUUGAUUCCAAUCCUCAAAGUAUUCACUCUUCUGCCCCAUGCUUCUCUGGUUUCCCACUGGGCAAAACACUGGAGUUUCUGCCUCGAUCCCUGGUUUGAAAUCUGACCCACUAUCCCCUGGAUUGUGUUAGAAUUCCCAUCGAAUGACUGUCUUUAAUUUGGGAGUUGCAUGAACCACUAUCGUGAGGACAUUUUACUGGGUCUGUGGUGUGUUUAAUGAGGCAAAACCAAAGGAGCAGUUGUCAUGGACCAUGUUGUGAAGAUGCUUGCUGCAAGAAACAGCAGAGAGAUCUGUUCCUGACGUGACUUGCUCUGACAAGAAAAUAAAAUAAUAGAACCUUU